AUGGAACGUAUCAAAGGCUCAAAUCUAGAAUCGGAGUGGCCAAAGAUGGAUCAGGCGUUAAAAGAGGCUGUUUCCUCGAAACUCCGGUCGAUUUUUGAGGAGAUGCGAAAAAUAGAGACUCCUGGAGGAUACUAUAGUGUUAGUUAUCGCGGGUUACCAGAUGGUCUCUUCUGGACGAACAACCCAUCGAAUCCAUUUUCAGGGCCAUUCGAUACAGAGACAGAUCUAAACAAUGCUAUGUUAGCAAAAUACGUCGAGAACGGCCUCUCUAGAUAUAAAGCGGAUUAUUACUCGCGCACUUUUAAGGAUAUUUUUUAA